AUGGACUUCAUUCCCGGCAUCGACGGUCCAAGAGAGGGUGUUCCUCGGGUUCUUGCAUGCCUCAGCAAUAAUCUUCUCAGAGGAGAGCCUCUCAAGCUUGUCGACGGCGGCGAACCCCAGAGAACCUUUGUUUACAUCAAAGAUGCCAUUGAAGCUGUCCUUUUGAUGAUUGAAAACCCUGCCAGAGCCAAUACCCACAUCUUCAAUGUAGGUAACCCAAACAAUGAGGUUACAGUUAGGCAGCUUGCCGAAAUGACGAUCAAGGUCUAUUCAAAGGUAAGUGGAGAACAGCCUCCUGAAAAAUUUACAAUCGAUGCAAGCUCGAAAGAGUUUUACGGUGAAUGGAGUCGAUACAGAGUGGAAGAAGAGGCCGCGCCGGAAGCUGAGGUUGAGAGAAUGAGACGGAGCAAAACGAAGAGAUCGCCGGUUGAGAAUAGUUGUACGCGAUUUCGCUCUUCCUUCAACCAAAAUCUGGUUGUGGGAAUCUUCGUCGUCGUCAUUACGUUCAGCGUAAUCUGA